UGCUGCAAUCUGGCGAACUAUUACUGAACAUCCAACGUCCACAAAUUCCAAAAUUCCAUAUUUUUUCGUCAGCCAUUUUCUCCCGCGACGUAAGCCACCUUGUUUUGUGAACGUGCUAUUUUUCUAUUUUAGCAAUGGGUAAACCUCGUGGAUUACGUACCGCUCGCAAGCACGUUAACAACCGUCGUGAAAACAGAUGGGCUGACCAGGACUACAAGAAAGCUCAUUUGGGAACGAGAUGGAAGGCCAAUCCCUUUGGUGGUGCCUCUCAUGCCAAAGGAAUCGUGUUGGAAAAAGUUGGAGUAGAAGCCAAACAACCCAACUCUGCUAUCAGGAAGUGUGUGAGAGUACAGCUCAUCAAGAACGGUAAAAAGAUCACAGCCUUCGUCCCCCGUGACGGUUGUUUAAAUUAUAUUGAAGAAAACGAUGAAGUAUUAGUCGCUGGAUUUGGUCGUAAAGGUCACGCUGUUGGAGAUAUCCCCGGAGUCAGAUUCAAGGUGGUGAAAGUAGCUAACGUGUCUCUUCUAGCUUUAUACAAAGAAAAGAAAGAAAGACCUAGAUCUUAAGUGUGUAUGUAUUUCAUUUUUUGUUUCUAUCUUUUGUAUAUGUUUUGACAAAUAAACCAUCUGUGACUGAUGUUAUUUUUAA